UCAAUGGAAUGUACCAAGUCGCGUGAGUGAGCCGCUGUCAUCUCUGCACCGACAUCCUCCGACGCCUUCAGCCGUCUGUCAAAAAUGUCAAAAGUAAGCAUGUCGGACUUCUCGGAGGAUCAGAUCAUGGAGUUUAAAGAAGCCUUCCUCCUGUUCGACCGGACAGGCGAGGGAAAGAUCACCUACAACCAGUGUGGCGACGUGAUGCGCGCUCUGGGACAAAACCCAGUCAACGCCGAAGUGCUCAAAGUCCUCGGAAACCCAAAGUUAGAAGAAAUGAACCACAAGAUGCUGGACUUCGAGCAGUUCCUGCCCAUGCUGCAGGCCAUCGCUAAGAACAAGGACCAGGGCUCCUUCGAAGACAUUGUCGAAGGCCUGCGUGUCUUCGACAAGGAGGGGAACGGCACGGUGAUGGGAGCCGAGCUGCGUCACGUCCUCACCACUCUAGGUGAAAAGAUGACAGAAGAGGAGGUGGAGACUCUUCUAGCUGGACACGAAGAUGCCAACGGCUGCAUCAACUAUGAAGAACUCGUCCGGAUGGUGAUGAGCGGCUGAGAACAUCAGAAACUACACUUCCCACUUUUCAUUCCUAAAUGUUUUUUUUCUAUGUUUUCUUUCCUUUUCCUUCCAUCCAUGUCAUCCUACCUCCGAAAUGUAUGUUUUGUCGCUGUAGAUUUUUUUUUUUUAAGUGCCUUUUCUAUCUAAUGUGAAACCUGUCCGUCUCAUCUUUCCCACAUUAUUUAUCCUCACAGGCACAAGCAGCAGUAUUAUUCCACCGGUUAUUUAUCCUUCAUCAAACCUGUUGACAAUAGGCUUUUUUUUUUCUCUCUUCGAGGUAAAGAAGAUAAUGUGAAAUGUUACAUGAAAAAAGUACUGAAUAAAAACCCGGGUUUACAAACUGUCA